AUGCCAUUUCGCCCUCUUUCUGUUCUAUCUACUCUUAAUCACAUUUCGCGCCUCUUUCCGUUCUGUCUGCUCUUAAUCCCCCUUUCGCCUCUUUUCUAUUUCUAUCUCUUAAUCCCCUUUCGCCUCUUUCUGUUCUGUCUGCUCUUAAUCCCCAUUUCCUUUCCGUUCUGUCUGCUCUUAAUCCCCCGUUUCGCCUCUUUUCUGUUCUGUCUGCUCUUAAUCCCCCCUUUCGCCUCUUUCCGUUCUGCUCUUAAUCCCCGUUCGCCUCUUUCCGUUCUGUCUGCUCUUAAUCCCGUUUCGCCUCUUUCUGUUCUGUCUGCUCUUAAUCCCCUGUUUCUGGGCCUCUUUCUGUUCUGUCUGCUCUUAAUCCUGUUUUCGCCUCUUUCGUUCUGUCUGCUCUUAAUCCCCGUUUCUUCCUUUUCUGUUCUGUCUGCUCUUAAUCCCGUUUCCGCCUCUUUCUUCCCCUCUUUCCCUUUCUGUUCUGUUCUGUCUGCUCUUAAUCCCCUUUCGCCUCUUUCUGUUCUGUCUGCUAAUCCCCGUUUCGCCUCUUUCUGUUCUGUCUGCUCUUUAAUCCCGUUCGCCUCUUUCUGUUCUGUCGCUCUUAAUCCCCUUUCGCCUCUUUCUGUUCUUUCGCCUCUUUCUGUUCUGUCUGCUCUUAAUCCUCUUUCAUUUCUCUCUUUCUGUUCUGUCUACUCUUUCUUUCGCCUCUUUCUGUUCUGUCUCUUAAUCCCUGUUUGGCCUCUUUCUGUUCUGUCUUCUUAA